CCGCGACAACCACUGGGAAGACCUGAGAGAACUGCAACAAAAGAAGCUUUUUGUCCCCUGGAAAGCCACUCCAGAAUAAAUCCCUGCCCAGUCAGUGUCUGCGGGGGAUUCCGCCCGCCGCAUCGCCAAGAAUUCUCGGAUUUUACAGGACAACUCUUAACACUAGAAUUUCCAUCACGUUGUCGCCUCGUCAACAACCAAUCCUGAUUAUUCUCUUCUCCUGAUGCUGUCCUCGCGACCACCACCAGUUCCGCGCCUCCGGAUAGCGUGUCUCGCCCAGACAACUCGCUGCCACCCGCGCUGUGGUCCCGCCACCGUCGGGCGGUGUGGUGUCCGACAUGUAACCACGGCCUUGUUUUCUGGACCCUCUGCUGCGUCUGGAACGCGUGCGGCUCGUCUGGCUCCCUUGCAACACCUUCAGCUCCGCGGCAAGAAAACUACCGUCGUCAAGCUGGACGAGCUGCCACAGGGGCUGAUCGUACCACCAGAGACGCCGGCUCCAGUGGAACAAGAUGACGAGCCCCAGUACCCGACAGUGGUGCAGCAGGCCCGCCGCAACAUGCAGAAGUUUGACAAUUGCGUGCUGCUCACCCGUGUCGGCGGCUUCUACGAGCUGUACUUCGAGCACGCCGAUGAAUACGGCCCGCUCCUCAACCUCAAAGUCUCACAGAAGAAGACAAAUGCCGGCCCCGUAUCCAUGGCCGGCUUUCCAUUCUUCCAACUGGAUCGCUUUCUCAAGAUCUUGGUCCAAGACCUCAACCGCCAUGUAGCCAUUGCUGAAGAGUUCCCCAACGAUGCCUCGGCCAAGAUCAGGUCUGGUGGGUUGAUGCAUGACCGUCGAGUGGCCCGUAUUGUCACUCCCGGCACUCUCAUCGAUGAGAACUUCAUGGAUCCUUAUGCAAACAACUAUGUAAUGGCCGUUCAUCUGCCCAAGAAAGCGGAAUUAUCGGACCAUGUGAGCCGCCAAGUGGGACAGCAAGCCAUCAACACGCCAAACCCGGCCGAUGAUGCCCCGAACCGUAUCGGUCUAGCAUGGCUGGAUCUGUCGACCGGCUAUUUCUUCACUCAGCCGGCCACUCUAGCAUCGCUCGGCUCCGUGCUGUCUCGGGUGUCACCUCGGGAGGUUGUUCUGGACAAGGCCCUCGAGUCUGCCGAGGAUCAGGGGAUCGCGUCUAUCCUGCAGGAGGAGAGCUACCUGGUGACAUACUCUCCCCAAGGUGGGUUUCAGUCGCUAGACGACUGGCAGCCCAUGCUGGAGGGUAAAAUCCCGGCGAAGGAGGCCAAAAAGUUUACAGAGGAGGAAGUAGAUGCCGGCAGUCUGCUGCUCCACUACGUGGGAGAUCGGCUUCAGGGGCUGAGCAUGAAGCUCCAGCCACCGGUUCGCCAUGUAAACAUGGAGGUGAUGAAUAUUGACAAGAAUACCAUGCGGUCACUUGAAAUUAAGGAGACUGUCCGGGAUGGCACGUUUAAGGGGAGCUUGUUGUACGCCAUCAGGCGAACGGCAACCAAGAGUGGCGCCCGGCUUCUCAACCAGUGGCUGAGUUUCCCGUCAACAUCACUCAAAGCCAUCAACGCCAGACUUGACCUGGUAGAACGCUUCAUUCAAGACGAAGAACUUCGAGAUGCCAUCAUCGUCCUUCUCCGCAGAAGCCAUGACUCCCAGCGCCUCGUCCAAAAGUUCGCCCUCAACCGCGGCGAUGCCGAUGACCUACUCCAGCUAGCCAGCACAAUCAAGUCAACAGAGGACAUAGUCGCCCUCCUUGAAGCCUCCAUAGCCUCCCAACCCGAAGAAGCCAAACCAGCACCACCAGAAGAAGAUGCGACCCCGGAAGAAGAAGAAGACGAGGACCCCCUCGCCACCCUCCUCUCCCGCAUCUCCCUCAAAUCCCCCCUCAAACUAGCCCACUCCAUCCGCUCCGCCAUCGAUGAAGAAAACCUAAUCCAGCAACACCAACUAGAAGACUCCCGCGCCGGCGAGCUCCUCUCCCUCGCCCAAGAAAUCGUUUCUUCCGAAGCCACAGAAGAAGACGGAACCAUCCUCCCCAAAUCCCGGCUCCCCUCUUCUUCUUCCCCUUCCCAAAAACCCAACCGGAGGAAGAUACCUUCAAUACGGGACCACUACUCGGAAGAAGCAGAACUCUUCAUCAUGCAACCCCGCGCCUCCCGCCUUUUGAGCUCACUGCACAAACAACUCGCCAGUCUCAAAUCCCAAAAGGAAGAGCUCUGCCUGUCUCUCCGUCGGGAGCUGAACCUCCCAUCCCUGACCUUGAAAUGGACACCCCAGCUAGGGCACAUCUGCCACGUCAAAGGUCGGGACUCUCUCUCCUCCCCUGUCUCUGACACCCCUUCCAUCAGGACCCUCUCCACCUCCCGCAGCACCCGCUCCUUUCACCACCCGGCCUGGUCAUCGUUGGGUGACUCCCUCUCCCAAACCCGCCUCGCUAUCAGAGCAGAAGAAUCCCGCGUUUUUGCGUCGUUGCGACAGUCGGUGAUUUUGAAUCUGGUAAAGUUACGACGGAACGCCGCCGUGCUAGACGAGCUAGAUGUCCUCACCUCCUUCGCCUCGCUAGCCCGAGAGAAAAACCUCGUCCGCCCCAUCCUGAACACCUCCACUGCCACAAUAAUAGUAGGAGGUCGGCACCCCACCGUCGAGUCCGCCCUCCAAGAACAAGGCCGCACUUUUACCAAGAACGACCUUUUCCUCUCCUCCCCCCCCUCAUCCCCUUCCCAACACGGCCGCAUCUGGCUCGUCACCGGCCCAAACAUGGCCGGCAAAUCCACCUUCCUCCGUCAGUCCGCCCUCAUCACGAUCCUCUCCCAGAUCGGCUCCUUCAUCCCCGCAGACCACGCCCAGCUCGGCCUGGUCGACGCAAUCUUCUCCCGCCUCGGCUCCUCGGACAACCUCUACGCCUCCCAGUCCACCUUCAUGGUCGAGAUGCUCGAGACCUCCACCAUCCUCCGCCAGGCCACCCCCCGCUCCUUCGUCAUCAUGGACGAGAUCGGCCGGGGUACAACGCCACAAGACGGAACCGCCGUCGCCUUCGCCUCCCUCCACCACCUCGUCAAGGUCAACAGAUGUCGUGCGUUGUUCGCUACUCACUUCCACGACAUCGCCGGUUUGAUCAAAGAACAAAACCUGACCGUCCAAGACGGGGGGCAGGAUGGAGCGGUGGAGAUGUACUGUACCGAUGUGGAAGAAGACGAAAACGGGGGGUUCGUCUAUGUGCACAAACUCCAGAAGGGCGUCAACAGGACGAGUCACGCGCUCAAGGUCGCGAGGUUGGCUGGGUUGCCUGACAGGGCUAUUCAAGUCGCAAGAGAAGUGUUGGAAAGGAAUGGGCUAUAGAACGCAUAAAAAAACAAUGUCACAUCACAGGA